AUGCCUUCCCUUGGUGGUACAUCAGCUGCGUCUGCGGCUUCUGCUGCCACCAUCACGGCUGCUUCUGCCGCCUCAACCGCAGAGCCUGGUAGCUUUAACGUGGAUGAGAUGAUCCAGUAUGUUCUGCAGGGAAAGCCACUGAGUGAGCCGCAGGUGGCCCAACUCUGCCAGAAGGCCAAGGAGGUGUUGGAAAAGGAGGGAAAUGUACACACCGUGCGGGCCCCGGUGACGGUCUGUGGGGAUAUCCACGGUCAGUUCCAUGAUUUGUUAGAAUUGCUGAAGAUCGGCGGUCUACCACCGGAUACCAAUUAUCUCUUCAUGGGUGAUUACGUGGAUCGUGGUUACUACAGUGUGGAGACCGUAACACUGCUGCUCCUUUUCAAAAUCCGUUAUCCCGAACGUGUGCAGAUCCUCCGCGGCAAUCAUGAGUCCCGUCAAAUCACACAAGUCUACGGCUUUUACGACGAGUGUGUUCGCAAGUACGGCGGAGCGCAUGUGUGGAAGUUGCUGACGGAUCUCUUUGACUAUCUUCCCCUCGCGGCGGUGGUGGAGGGGGCGGUGUUUUGCCUGCACGGCGGCCUCUCGCCGACCCUCGACAGUCUCGCCCACAUCCGCAGCCUCGAGCGGGCGCAGGAGGUCCCGCACGAGGGCCCCAUGUGUGAUCUCCUCUGGUCCGACCCGGAGGACAGGGACGGAUGGGGGAUUUCACCAAGAGGCGCGGGAUUUACAUUCGGCGCAGAUAUCACGGAACAGUUUUGUCAUAAUAACGGUCUCGCCACCAUUGCACGAGCCCAUCAACUCGUGACGGAAGGAUACAGCUGGACACAUAAUGAUAAACUGGUGACGAUAUUUAGCGCCCCCAACUACUGCUACCGCUGUGGAAACCUCGCAGGUCUACUUGAGUUAGAUGAGCACAUGAAUAAGUGCUUCUUUCAGUUUGAUCCAGCCCCAAGGCGUGGGGAGGCGCAGGUUUCUAGAAAGACACCAGAUUACUUUCUAUAA